AUGGGCUUAAUACAAUCAGUAUUCUGCUCUAUAACGUUUUGUGUCGAAAGAGUGUUAACUUGGACAUGUUGUGCAUUCGUCCUAAUGCUGUUAAUGUUUCUAGUUCUUACGCUCAUGGUGUAUGGCAUUUCCGUGGGGUAUCACUACGCGCAAAAAGAGCUUGCUUCCUUUGCAAUGUCUUCAAGAUCGACCACAGAGCCGACGUUGAUGUUACGUGCGGGACCGGAGCCACGGCCUGUUGUGAGGUUGCUCGCAGUCAACAGAUCAGAAAUCGACCACCCGCCGCAUCCACUAGUCGAGGUAUACAAAACAAAACACCCUGGUGAGAAUAUCUACAUGGAGACAACUGAGACGCCUAUCGUAGUGCUGGAAACAGAAAGACCGCCAAGGGAGCCAGAACUGUUACCUCACGAAAGGGAAUUAGCACGAAGGUUGAUCGGUCGCUUUCGCCGAUCAAGAAAUAUUACUUCUACGAGCAUACAAUUCUUGCGCCCCCUGAACAGAACGGAACCCACAUUCCACGACAGAAAUUUCGAAAUUUCUUCUAUUAGUGAUGAUCAAAAUCAAAGCUACACAAAACGGGAUUCGAUUGAAAUUAUUUAA